GUAGUACAAAGCUUUGACUUUUAUCAUAUUGCUCUUCUGAUUUCUGAUAGUGAUCUCUCUCUCUCUCUCUCUCUCUCUCUCUGACUUUCUGUGAGAAAACAUUUGUACAAAGACAAUAUAUCCGAGUGCAGCAGCUUCAAUGGAGGGCCUCCCCUCUGGUUAUCGUCCCAACGUUGGUAUUUGUCUCAUCAACCACGAUCAUUUGGUUUUCGUGGCUUCCAGAUUGAAUGUUCCUGGAGCAUGGCAAAUGCCACAGGGAGGCAUUGAAGAUGGAGAGGACCCAAGAUCUGCUGCCAUUAGGGAAUUGCGUGAAGAAACUGGAGUAAUAUCAGCUGAAAUAAUUGCAGAGGUCCCGCAGUGGUUAACCUAUGACUUUCCACCAGCUGUAAAGGCCAAAGUAAGCCGUCUUUGGGGAGGAGAAUGGCAUGGACAGGCACAGAAAUGGUUUCUUAUGAGAUUUACCAACGAUGAAAGUGAGAUCAACUUAGCGACUGGUGAAGCAGAGGCAGAAUUCUCAGAGUGGAAAUGGGCAAGGCCUGAAGAAGUAAUUGAGCAGGCCGUAGACUACAAGAGGCCAACAUAUGAGGAAGUUAUUCAGACUUUCCAACAUUACCUCAAUGAUGGUAGCAAAGCUGCUAAAUGCCAAUCAACAAAAUGGUGACUUCUGUGCAUGUUAUUGUUCCUCGCACAGGUUACUUCUUAUUGUGAUUCACGACUUCACUGGGCUCUUUGUACAUGAACUUGUCUGCUAAGAUCUGCAAAUAUAGGUCGGUUAUCUGAUUGUAAUAAGAUACUUCCUCCUGAAUGUUAAUUGAUUUUGUCUGAGAAAAUAGAUGUUAUUGAGUAGCCGAACUAUACUUUUACAAUGAAAGACCAAUGUGUAACAGUCAAGCUAGUUCUUUUGUGCAAGAUCAAUUUAAGCAAAGAAGUUAAUUUUGUUGUUGGUGA